AUGACCUUAAAAUCUACUUCUGUAAGCCCACUUAGCCAGCUCCCUCCUGGCCCGGUGAAGUUUCAUUCCUCCAUGUUUCUUUUUUGGCUUUUCUCUGACAGGUACUUUGUCAAGGUGGCUUGGGCCUGGACAUUCUUGCUUCUGCUGCCCUUCAUUGGCGUCACCACCUACCAGUUUGCCCGGAGCAAGUUCCUCUACGGUCCCACCAAGAGCGUUCUGAUAGUGCUGCGGCGUCUCAGCGCGCUGCUGGUGGGCACGGCCGUCUGGUACGUGUGCACUGGCCUCUUCAUGUAUGUCGAGAAUCUCACUGGCUCAGGGCACUGUUUUCUUCUCUCCUAUUGUGCUCUGAUGAUUGUGGAGGAAAUGUCUGUGCUGGAAGGCUUGUCUGUAGACCAGAACUCUAGGCUACGUGUUGUGAUCAACAGCCUGUUUGUUGCCUUGUGUUUUCUAACCAUGAUUUGGGUGUUCAUGUUUUUAUGUACUGCUGUGUAUUUUCAUGACUUCAGCCAAAAGCUUCUCGGUGUACUGAUAGGUCUGAUGGCCUGGUAUGGGACAUACAGAUUUUGGUAUUUGAAACCUUUUUCUCCUGGACUACCUCUCCCGCAUAUUCCUUUGAGUUCAAAGAAAUAUGGUUAUAGCAGAUAA